GAAAAGAAGCAGAAGAAGGAGGACGACAAGAAGGAGGAGGAGGUUUUCUUUCGUUUUUGGAGUGCUAUGAAGAGACAAGUAGCCUCGCCGUGUUUAUUAGAAAGGAGAAAAUAUUAAUCGGCCCCCUCUGUGACGUCACCCUGGGAAGUCAUUGUAGCGAGCGAGUGGGGCGAUUAACGGCAAAAGGUUCGAGCGAGUGAGGAGUGCGACGCCGAGGAACGGACGCUGGAGCAACUUUGAAUCAACUUGCGAAUUUGAAUAAAAAAGCCCAAAAAGGCGGGAGGGUUGUUCGUGGAUGCCGUGGAAGUUCGGAUUUGGGACUAAUUUGCCUUUUUUUGCUUCUUGUCCGGCUCCGCGUCCACUUUUCGGGCGCGUCCGGGCUGUUAUGACGGCUCCCUCCCGCUAAGAUGGAGGCAUCGAGCGGCUCCAGUUUUGGGAUCGACACCAUCCUGGCGGGCGGUCGGGCCUCGCCGCCUCCGCCGUCGCCUCCGCCGUCCUGCUCGGACGCCGACACGGUGGCGGGCACGGCGCCCUCGUCGCCGCUUUCGGUCACCGCCGACCACCCGUCGGACUCGGAAGGCGGCAAUCUCCUAAUGCACCACCACCACCAACAUCAUCAUCAUCAUAACCCGCAUCAGCACCACCACCUCCAGCAGCAGCACCCGCAGCAUCUCCUCCCCGCCGCCGGGCCGCUGCUGGCCGGGGCCGGCUGCAGCGCCCCGCGGAGCGCCACCUCGUCCUUCCUCAUCAAGGACAUCCUGGGUGACGGCAAGCCGCUGGCCGCCUGCGCGCCUUACAGCACCAGCGUGUCCAUGUCGCCCAAGGGCGCCGAGAGCGCCUCGGCCCCGGACGGCUUCCGGCCCAAGCUGGAGCUCCAGGAUGAGCUCGGCCGGGGGGCCAAGAUGGAGCGCCGCGGGGACGACAUGCUGCUGCACGGCGACGUCAAGUGCAACGGCAGCAGCAAAGAGGAAGGCGAGCGCGAGAUCUCGAGCAGCCGCGACAGUCCGCCGGCGCGCACCAAGAAGCCCCGCAAGGCUCGCACGGCCUUCACCGACCACCAGCUCAACCAGCUGGAACGCAGCUUCGAGCGACAAAAGUACCUGAGCGUGCAGGACCGCAUGGACCUGGCCGCCGCGCUCAACCUCACCGACACGCAGGUCAAGACCUGGUACCAGAACCGAAGGACCAAAUGGAAGCGUCAAACAGCGGUAGGCUUGGAGCUCUUAGCCGAGGCCGGCAACUACUCGGCCCUUCAACGGAUGUUCCCGUCGCCCUACUUCUACCACCCGAGCCUGCUGGGCUCGGUGGACGGCAGCACGGCGGCGGCGGCCGCGGCAGCCGCUAUGUACAGCAGCAUGUACCGGACUCCCUCCGCUCCGCACCCGCACCCGGCGGCUGCGGCCGCGGGCAUCCAGAGGCCGCUGGUGCCCCGCGUGCUCAUCCACGGCCUCGGACCCGGGGGCCAGCCGGCACUGAACCCCCUGUCGGGCACGCCGCACGCGCGGUAGGGACCUCACUUACCCCCAUUCCAACGAAAAAACUCCCACUAAAAAGACAUUUAAACCCACAAAAAAGUGGGCAAAGGAGAUAUUUAACUCUGGACUGCUCGCGUCUGAUUGUUCGUUUUUUGUCUUUUUGUACAAAAUCCACUUAACAUUAGCGAACAAACAGUUAAAAGUUUAUUAUUAGAUGGAGACGAACGGAAUGAAUAAAGACGUCAUGCAAACGUAUGCAACACAUUUUCGUGUUUUUAUACCAAAAAAAGCUUGAAAGUGUACUUGUUGGACUUUUUUUUAUGCUUGGAUGUUUGAUACACGAGACCAAUAAUCACGUUUUAAUGCCUUUGACGGCGAUAGGCGUCUAAUCCAUUUGGACGGGUUGGAAAAGAUCGCAAAUCCUUUCCAGUCCAAAUGGAUUGGACGUCUAUAACCGUCAAGUGCAAUCAUAAGGUUGCUUAUUUUCCCUCAACUUGGUUAAAAAUAUUAUUUUGGAAUUUUCCACUCGCAUCUUUCAGAACAAAAAACAACAUAUAUCUCAGAACUAAAUGCGUUUUAUGACGUAAUCUGCAUUUAUCAACAUAAAUUCACUUUCAAAGCUAAUUUAACAUCCCAACAAAAAUGUAUCAACCUAAUUUUGUCAAAAAAUCUUGACUAAUAUGAGUUUCCAAGAGGUAAAAAGUGCAAAUAUUUCCAUUUGCGGCAGAUCAUUUUUGCGCAUAUGCAUGACUUAUGCGCCGUUAUGAUUUAUU